UUCCGUGGUCUGGCGUCUAUCCACCUGCUCCUGCGGUCCUGCCCCCGCUGCUGCCUGCUGCCGUGCAGGGACAGCCGGAGCAGGAGCAACGCCGCCCGCCUUCACCGUCGUCGCCCAUGGCCGACAUGCAAAACUACGCCGCCCCGCCGCUCCUCACCCACGCUACCGCCAAGCGCAAGCGUGUCGCCCUCAACCAGCUGCCCACGCUCCCCAACGCCGUGCUCGGCGCGCACGACGAAGGCGGCGGCGGCGAUGACAAGCCCGUCAAGAAGCAGCACCUCCUCCCCGCCGCCAAGCCCGAGCCCAAUGCAGCUCCCGCGCCUGCCGCCGCCGCCUCUGAUGUCGAGGAGGACCCGCAGCUCCGCAAGCCCUACGCGUCCGACAUCUACUCCUACCUCCGCUCCACGGAGUCGCAGGCCACGCGCCGCCCCGCCACGGAUUACAUCGCGGCGGUGCAGGUCGACGUCACGCCCAACACGCGGGCCAUCCUCGUCGACUGGCUCGUCGAUGUCUCCGAGGAGUACAGAUUCGUCUCCGACACGCUCUACCUCACCGUCUCCUACAUCGACCGCUUCCUCUCCGCCAACGCACUCAACAGGCAGAAGCUGCAGCUCCUCGGCGUCGCCGCCAUGCUCAUCGCAUCCAAGCACGAGGAGAUCAGCCCGCUCAAUGUGGAGGAUUUCUGCUACAUCACCGAUAACACCUACACCAAGCAGGAGGUAGUUAAGAUGGAGAGCGAUAUACUGAAUGUCCUCAAGUUUGAGAUGGGAAAUCCUACUCCAAAAACGUUCCUGAGGAUGUUCACCAGAUUUAGCAAAGAAGACACCAAGAAGUAUCGUAGCCUCCAGCUGGAGUUCCUGGGUAGCUACCUUUGUGAGCUCAGCUUGCUAGACUACAGCUUGCUUCGCUUCUUGCCGUCACUUGUUGCAGCCUCGGUGCUGUUUGUUGCAAGGCUGACCCUUGAUCCACACACCCAUCCCUGGAGCAAGAAGAUGCAGACACUAACUGGCUACAAGCCAUUUGAGUUGAAGGACUGUGUUGCUGCCAUACAUCAUUUGCAGCUCAACCGGAAAUAUUCAUCCAUGAUGGCGACCCGGGAUAAAUUCAAGGAACGCAGGUUUAAGGGUGUAUCAGCUUUGCUACCACCUGUUGAGAUCCCAGCGUCAUACUUCGAGAAACUGAAGGAGUAGUUGUUCCUGGACAUUCUAGUAAGCCAAACACACAGGGCUAAGGUUGUUAAGGUCCUGAGGUUCUUCGAUGCUGCAUCUAGGCUCGAGUAGGUGCAUUCAGAGUUGAUUUGUUUGAAGUUCAAGAUCAAUAGAAGGCUAGGCGUGUCAAAUUUUGUACUUGUGAAUCAUAACUGUACAUUAAAACCAGGUUUCUUUAUUUGAUGGGGCACAACUCCAAAAUUUUCAUUUGUUUCCUAUUUCUUAAUGAAAUAGGGGGCUUUGCCCCUUCGUCAAAAAAAAAAAAAAAACAACUCC